AUGGCUGUCGUAUGACUCAGAAGAGUUUGUUUAGUUUCAACGAAAAUUGAACUGGAUUAUAACAGAAUGACUCAUCAGUAGCAAGAAUUCUGAAACAUUUUCAUAACAUCAUAGUUUGAAUCAGAAGUUUCCAGCUGAUUCCCUAGUCAGCUGUAGAAGUUAUGUCAACAGAAUAGAAGGAUCACCUGCUCCUUAAGGUACUUCUUGGAAACAAGUUAUUUCUUGACAUCACUCAUGGCAUAUGACAGAAAAGAAGUUAUAGGGUAUUUAGAGGGAGUUCCAGUUAAAGUUGGAGAAAAGUUUCGACCACCAAGAAAAGUGACUCUGCCUUUAAGUUUUCACUCCUCUUUCUCGUUAAAUGUUCUUGAAGAAGAUUAUGAUUUUAAUCUUGAGAAACAAGUCAUAGAGCAUGCAGAAAAAUGCAAACUAGAAAAAGAAGUUGCCGAAAAAGCCAAGACUCAAAAGAUUGCCUCUGAGAUUGAACAAUUUACCAAAAGCAUUGCAAUGGUUCAGAGUAACAGUGAAACUGACCAAGCAGUCCAAGAAAACCAAGAGAAUGGGUGUGAAUGUCCAGAAAAAUCUGACCCAUCUCAAAUCAGAUAUUCAGUCAAUGCUUGUAGCUCUCCUAAUAAAAUUUUUUAUCAAGGUAGAUAUGCUGAAGGUAAUGUUUCCCAGCAAAGUCCAAUCGGUAACAUAUUUGAACCUGCAUCAAUACUGCAACCUCAGCGACUUUUGCCACCAGAAGCAUUAGAAAACAAACCCAUAGAGAGCAAUAAUAACCAAUCAAAGAGGCUUAACUUAGCGGAUUUUGAAAGUGAUGACUUCAGUCCUUUUGACUACAUGGAACUGAAGAGCAUUAAUGAGCUAGAAGAAUUAAAUACAGUAUUUCAAGGUAUGGCUGGAGGAGGAGUACCUAGUCAACCUGGACCAGAAGCUGCAGUAACCUCAGCAUCUCCUCUCUAUAGUUCAGUUUCUAGUGCUUCUCAGUUUGUUAAUGGUGCUCCUGUGAACUAUGGACAUCAAUUUGUAUCAAACUCUUAUGGAUCUGUAACUGGUAGCUCACUGUACCAGGCUGCUGCUUUAACUACUAAUAGGGUCGAUUCAAAUUCAUCCAUACCACUUGAAGGGGAAGUCUCCAUUUCACUCUAUAAUAAUACUGGUGCUCCAGUGAAUUCGUAUCCAUUUAUAAAGACUCCAGAUUCACUUGAAGGCUCUUACAGCAGUGUUAGAUUUUCACCAAAUUCCCAGGUUAUUAAAUCUAAAAGUACUUGUCCACAAGGAUCUUACCUUCCAGGAGUUCUGUAUAAUCAUACUGGAAGAUCAGUCUCGGUUAGUGAGGAGUCUAGUAACACGUUUUCUAAACAUCUAGUGGAACCCAGUAUUUCUUCUCAUCCAGGCUCGUCAUUAAGUGAGCAUUUAAGACUUAAAAGCUCAAAAAGUACUUCUGAUCUGCGAACACUGUCUGAUAUUCUUGAAUAUGAAAAUAUCAAUGAGGUAUCUAUACGGUCUGUGACACCACCACCACGACCUCGAGCCGUUAGCACUGCUGGUGCUCAAAUACAAUGGAGUAAAAAUGUUCCUGUUAACAAUAACUCUGAGACUGUAAACACUACCAAGAAUCUCUGUGAAUUGACCACCAUUAAUAGUAAAGCAAGUGCCUUUUCUGAAGAUUUUCAAUUACCAAAUCCAUAUGGAGAGCUGAGGGCUGAGGAAAAGUACCUUGUGGACACUAUUUGUGACAUGGGGUUCCCACAAGAUAUGGUUUCACGAGCAGUCAAACACUUGGGCAACAAUGAUAAAAAGGUUGUAGAUCACUUGUGUCAAGUUCAAGGUUUAGUGGAGAAAGGAUAUGAUGGAAUAGAAGCUGAGACAGCUCUUCAUCUUCAUGAUUACAGAGUAGAAGAGGCCAUGAAGUACUUGGACUUGAUGAAUCAGUUCAGUGUCCUGGGAUUUGAAAAAGAUGCUAUCAAGAAGGCAUUAAUAAGACAGAAAAAUGACCGAGAUAAGGCUUUAGAUGCAUUACUUCUCUAAUAGUUCCAGAGUGAAUAACUGCCUCUUUGUUUUUAUUCAGAAUAAACCUGUAAAAAAUAUGUGCAUCCAUUCCAGAAAAAACAAAAUGUUGAAUAAAUACUGUUGAACAAUGCAUUACUGCUUUGAAAAAAAUACUUUUAUAUGAGCAGAAUUAUCCUGAUGAAACUAUAGAUUUAGCAGUGUUCGUACUAUAUUCUAUACAUAUGUAUAUGAAGAGUUGUUGUGUGAAUAGUGUAUUGUGGUAAUUGAUCUGAAUUCAACUGGAGUGGAACCAAGAUUAAUUGUAUGUAUAGAUAAAUAUAAUUAUGUGAGUGAGUGGGAUAAAGCUUUUAUGGAGCUAAAGAAAAUAAUUUCAGUUGGUCAGCUGAUUAAUUUUUUCUAGUAUUUCAGUGAAGGAGAUACCAUUGCAAUAGUAGAAAGAACUUCUAGGUGAUUUAUUUAAACCAACAAAUGAUUUUUGUUCAUUCAGUAAAGGUUUUGCUAUAUUAAUUUCUUAAUAUACCAUGCAAUGUUUGCAACACGUGCAUAACAAUCAGUAAUAUAAAAACAUUGGUAAGAUGUUCAAAAAUAAAAGAGUUUGUUGCUAUUUGCUUGGUAAGUAUUAUGUAGUUUUUAAUUUUCAAAUAAUUCCAAGGACUUUAGCAUCUUCUUUAAAAAAUCAAGCUCUGAAAAUAUUACCUGGUUGUUUUUAACACUUUUUUUUUAUCACAUUUUCAAAAGUACACACUGUAUUGUCUACACAUGAAACAAUUAGGAGAUUAGGCUGCAUGUUGAUAACUAUCACAAAGUAUUCGGUUUUGCUGUUUUUUUUAACACACAAUAGAUGAACUUGAGACUUUUGAAAGACAAGAACAAUUUUCAAAUACCAGCAGUCAUGUUUAAUGUUAUCCUAGUAGAAAGUAUGAACAGUACUUUAAAAAGGUAUGAGCUUUUUGAAUAAUUCACCUAUCUCGAUAAAUAAUACGUAUACUGCUAAAACUCACUUUAAUCUUGGAGUAACAUAGUAACGAAAAAACAGUGUGAAUGUGCAUAUAAAGAAUUUUCCUUUGUUUCAUUAAAAGUUCCUUCCCACCCAUUUAACAUUUUGUUUAUUUUUGCUUCAGAAGUCUGUUGGAUUCAACCACUGAUUCAAGCUUUUUAAGUUUGCUGCUCUGGUUAUGUGGUAUAUUUUUAUUUAUAUGAGUGGUAUUUUUGUUUCAGACAUAAUGGUAUAUUUAUAAUUAAAUUCAAAGUAUUCUGUUGUGUUUCCAUUGAAGAUAUACUUCUGCUACUGUAGACAGGGAACUUUCUUCCUGAAUGAGUCUUUGACCCUGUAACUAAGAAGGACUUGCAAGAUCAGUGAUCAGUAGUCAAAAUCAGUGUUAUUCAAGUGGUAUCUCAUUAAAAUACCUGGAACGUGUUAUUCAAGUGGUAUCUCAUUAAAAUACCUGGAACGUGUUAUUCAAGUGGUAUCUCAUUAACAUACCUGGAACGUGUUACUCAAGUGGUACCUCAUUAAAAUACCUGGAACGUGUUAUUCAAGUGGUAUCUCAUUAAAAUAUCUGAAACGUGUUAUUCAAGUGGUACCUCAUUAAAAUACCUGAAACGUGUUAUUCAAGUGGUAUCUCAUUAACAUACCUGGAACGUGUUAUUCAAGUGGUAUCUCAUUAAAAUAUCUGAAACGUGUUAUUCAAGUGGUAUCUCAUUAACAUACCUGGAACGUGUUAUUCAAGUGGUACCUCAUUAAAAUACCUGGAACGUGUUAUUCAAGUGGUACCUCAUUAAAAUACCUGGAACGUGUUAUUCAAGUGGUACCUCAUUAAAAUACCUGAAACGUGUUAUUCAAGUGCUAUUUCAUUAAAAUACCUGGAACAAAAUUUGAAUUUUUUGACAUACAUUUUAGAUCAUUGGGGUCAGCAGGAACAAAAUGGUGGAUGUUGAAAUUUUGUCCCGAUAGGGUACUGUUAUGUAUGACAAAAGUAAGAUGAUUUAAAAAAGUCAUAUCAGAAUACUUCACCAUUCUAACAGUAAUAACAAAAUGGUAAUCAGAGUGACAAAGGUAUUCUCAGAUAAAGUUAAUUUCAUGCAUUAUAAAACAUUUAAAAGCCGCAUAUAUGAAAAUAAUUCUUAAAUAGCCCAAAUUCAUAUCUUGUGUUCACAGUACUAUAUCGUAAAGCUCGGAGAUUAGUGGCAGUUGCUAAUCAAUUAAUUUACACUCCCAUUAAUCAAUUAGUAAAGUGUUCCUCAAACCUUGGUACAUACAAACAAAACAACAAAAAAUUUUGACAGCAGAUGUUCCCAGCAAGUUAGUUACCUUCCCUCCAUUCAGCAGCCCAAAAUUAGUUACAGUGGUAGGUAGCCUUAGUAAUUUUGCCGUAACAAAGACAGGAUGAUCAAAAGUGUGGUGGCUGUGUAGCUAGCUUUGUGCUUAACAAACCAUAUAGCAAUAUUUUGAUAUUACUUUGACAGUUGAAAUAAAUGAAAAUACUUAUAAUCAGAAACCCUAAUUUUUCAUUAGUUGAUUAUUUUUGUGACAGUCGAUCUAAUUGGAAUUUUGAUUAGUCGAUCUUUGGAAUAAUUGGAAAUACUCAUUUUGAUAUACAAACUGAUUUUGAUUGAUUUAAUGACAAUUUCAAUUAAUUAGUUUGCAUGAAACUGACCAAUGUAAUCUGGUCAUACAUAGUUCAUUAAUCACCCAUCUCUACUAUAUCAUUUUGCCUUAUGCUCGCAUAAUUUCCUGACUUUUGAUCCCACAUUCAACCUCUCCUCAACUUGUAUUGCUUAGAUAUUUUUACAUAUCAGGAAGUAAUGUAUGAAAAUGUUUUGUUCUUAAAAACUAGUUAGAACAUGCAAAAAUGGAUUUUGUAUUUUGGCUCCAUUUUUCUCUGUAUUUCAAUGAGAUACUACUUGAAGAUAAACUUUGAUACUAAAUUUUGAUCAUUGAUCUUGACUGUCUUUUGUUAUUCUGCUUUUGUCACAAGCAGUAAAACCUUGUUUAAAAAAAAUCUGGCAUUGUAUUUGCAACAAAAUCACUUUUUGAAUUUGCUCAAGCUUCUCUUUUGUUCAUAUUUAUCAUAGUACAGACAUUUUUGUAUUUUGCAGGAACAUUUUUUUUUCUUUUUAUUAAGAUGUGAUCAGUGGUUCCUCUUCCAACUUGACAAACAUAUCAUAAGACAUGUUUAAACUCUGAUGCAAUUUCUUCUCCUACCAUAGACAACCACAGAAAUUAUUACAGGGAGGGGCAAAGACUUUUGCGGGGGGAAUAGUGUGAAAUUGUAAAUCGAAUAAAAAAAAUUCACUUACAUUAUGUAACUCAUUUUCCCUCCCCCACCCACCCCUUACUCGAGUGCGUGGAUGCCCGUAUAUCCUACUUACAUUCUGCAACUGAAGGUUUUGAUUGUGGCUAAAGGCCUAACAACAGGUUCAUUGUGAAAUCCUGUUCCACAUUUCCCAAGUUUUCCAGUUAGUUACCUUUUACAAGUUUCUGUUGCUACAAACCAAGAUUGGUUAAUGAUAUCACUAGGUUAGUGGUGUUACAUCUAGUGAUUUCAAGAGCAGUUUUCUCCAAGUUUUUUUUUUAUUAUUAUUUUUAUCUAAAAAAAAAAUAUUUUUUUUUCUUAAUUAGGCUAUGUCGUAGUCAAAGUUUACCUAUUAUGGAUUAUAACUGUAUAAAAUUUCAUUUCUUCAAGGUUAGAUAGGAUUCAAUAUUCCUAGUAUUCUUAUAUUAAUUAUGUUAUAAGUAACUGAUUAUAUCAUUUUGAGUAUAAUAGUAUAAUUUAUUUUUGCAAACAUCAUGACAUUUAAUAUUUUUUUUUCGUUUACAAAUGAUUUUUUUACCAUCAAAGCAUGCUUUACCAAAAGAAUAUUAAAUUUUUAAUUAGAUGAUUGUGAAAUAUUCUUUAGUUUUAUCAUCCUAUCAAAGGCAUAACUUGGAGAUGCUAAUAUGUUGUUUUUUUUUCAAAUCAACCUAAUCAGCUUGUGUAUUAAUUUAGAAAAAAAGUCACAUGACAUUUAUUUGUAAGAGCAUUUUGCAUUGAAAGUUAUCAUUCAGGACAUGCAGACAUCUUUGUAAGCACAGCAAAGUUUUUUAAGUGUGAAUGAUGUUUUUGUGCAAUUACUUUGCCCUUCGUUUAGGUGGGUUUUUUGGCAUUCCAUGUUUUAGAUUUUUUUUAUACAAACAACAUAACUCAUCUAUAAUAAAGAAUAAUAAUUUAGCUUGUCUACUUAUAGGUUUAGAAUUUUCCUCAUUUCCAACAUAACUCCUUGCACCACAUAUAAGUUGAUAAGGUUAAGAUUUAUCUAAUUAUGAUCAACCUUUUUUUAUGACCUUAUAAAAAUCGUUCACAAAAAAUAUAAAUGUCUCUUUUUUUUUUUAACUUCUCACAUUGAAAUUUUACACCAUCUGUUUGUUAUUAUAACCAAUAAUAAUCUGUUUUGUGUAGAUGUUAUUUAGGGAAAGUUACAUUUCUGUCAAUGCAGUAUGAGACUGAUUACUUUAGUCCUUUUUCCAGCUUAAAAAGGAUGUUUUCUGUGUUCUGCAUUUUUUUCAUCACUCGAGAGUAGUCCUAUAAUUUGUUUAUUCUACACAUCAUCCAUUUCAGUGGUCCUCCAAUGGGAUAGCAGUAAAUCUAAAUACUUCCAACACUAAAAUUUGGGGUUUGAUUCCCUGCAAAGAAUAGUCCAAAACAAACCAUUUCAGUGAGAGUUAAAAAUAAUUUUUCAUCGUUUAUUCCAGAUUUUCGUGAUAACUUUGAAUCAGGUUAUUAUUAAAACUGAAGCUUUUGAUUUUAGGUAAGUUAAUUAUUUUUAUCACUGAUAAUCAUCUCUUAAAAAUCUCUGGUUUGAUGUCCCGCAGUGGACAGAGUGUAGAUAGCCUAUUGCAUAGGUUUAUGCUGAAAUACACAAACCUGAGUUUUGUGUUAAACAUGUGUACUUUGAAUGUCUUUGUAUCACCUCUGAUUUGUUGCUAGAAUUUUAACUUUGUUUCUGUUCCUCACAAUCAGCAUGCUGCAUUUUUCUCUCCUGUUUUACUAUAAUAUUUUUUUAUUCUUGGUUAGAAAGAACCUACCAGUUAAUUAUUGAUUGUAAGUGUUUCCAAUUUAGCUGCCCCUUCAAUAAUGAUGUACAAUAUUUGAAAUAGUAUUUCAUAUCGUAUUGAAUUUUUUUAAUAAUUUGUCAGUUAUGGGCUGAAAAUGUAGCUGUAAAAAAGGCCAGUCAGUGUAAAAUAAGAACUGUAUAACAUGCAAGUACAGUUGUUUAUAUUUUUAAAAUUAUAGUUAUGCAUGGCAUUUGUAAUUAUUGAAAAAAAUUAUUUCGAUAAUUGUGAUACCGUUCCUCAUAGUAGCACUUGUUUGAAAAGUAAAAUUGAUUCUGAAACUCCCUUGCUUCUUGGAUACAGGUUAAUUAUAUUAUGAGCAUUACAGAGAGUUUAUUACUAUGUCACAAUAUAUUUUGUAGGUUUCUUAAAGGAGAAAAAUUGUAAUCUACUGGAAUUCUUACAUUUAUUUAUAUAUGUACCAUUUCAUAUAUUAGGUUGCAUAAAGAUAUUAUUUCAUAGUGUU